AUGAAUCGGUCCAAGGCAAAACAUGGGACUGUGUUCCCAUCUCUGGGGCAAUCAGUUGUGGGCGUAUUGAAUUCCUUCCCAGGAGCAAGUAACUGUGGCCCACAGUCUUCCCCUGUGGGGAAGCAGGCAUUUUCAAUAGCAGUGGUGGCAUGUCCUUUUGCCUGUCUUGCUUCCCGUUCAUCCUGCAGCUGGAGAGUGCCUGGGAUGGCUGCAGCCAGAGCUUGGAUUGCUUCAUUCAAUAAACCCCGUUUCCUCAAGGAGGAGGAACCGCCCCAGUGCCCUGGAUCCCAACCAGGAGAGCACUUGCUAACUGUGGCCUGUAGCAGCUAUUUUCGCUCAAGGGAAAUAGAAGACCAUGUGGCAUUUUUAAUAACUGUUCCAACAGCCCUAGCAAUUUUUUUUGCUAUAUUUAUCCUUGUCUGCGUAGAGCCUGUAUUUAAGAAGCUGCUUCGUGUAUUUUCUCUGGUGGUCUGGGUAUGUCUUGUUGCCAUGGGAUAUCUCUUUAUGUGUUUUGGAGGAGUCAUCUGUCCCUGGGACCAGGUAUCAUUUUUCCAGUUCAUUAUUUUUGUGGUGUACACCAUGCUGCCCUUCAACAUGAGAGAUGCUAUAGUUGCCAGCGUCUUGACCUCUGCCUCUCAUACCAUCGUGCUGAGUGUGUGUCUAUCAAGUACAGCUGUGGUAAAGGAGCACUUGGUCUGGCAGAUAUUGGCAAACGUAAUCAUUUUUAUCUGUGGAAACUUGGCAGGCGCGUACCACAAACAUCUCAUGGAACUUGCAUUGCAGCAGACCUAUCAAGACACAUGCAACUGCAUCAAAUCCCGGAUCAAGUUAGAAUUUGAAAAGCGGCAGCAGGAGCGCCUCCUGCUUUCCUUACUGCCUGCUCACAUUGCCAUGGAAAUGAAAGCAGAGAUCAUUCAGCGGCUGCAAGGUCCCAAGGCAGGCCAGCUGGAAAACACCAACAACUUCCACAAUUUGUAUGUCAAAAGGCAUACCAACGUCAGCAUCUUGUAUGCUGAUAUUGUGGGAUUCACUCGCCUGGCCAGUGACUGCUCCCCAGGGGAGCUGGUGCACAUGCUGAAUGAGCUCUUUGGCAAGUUUGAUCAGAUUGCAAAGGAAAAUGAAUGUAUGAGAAUUAAAAUUCUAGGUGACUGCUAUUACUGCGUGUCUGGACUCCCUAUAUCUCUUCAAAAUCAUGCCAAGAAUUGUGUGAAAAUGGGACUGGACAUGUGUGAAGCCAUUAAGAAAGUGAGAGAUGCCACUGGAGUUGACAUAAACAUGCGCGUGGGAGUGCACUCGGGUAACGUCCUCUGUGGGGUUAUUGGGCUGCAGAAGUGGCAGUAUGAUGUGUGGUCACACGAUGUUACCCUUGCAAAUCACAUGGAAGCUGGUGGAGUCCCCGGCCGUGUUCACAUCACUUCAGUCACCUUGGCACAUCUCAAUGGAGCUUACAAAGUGGAAGACGGGGAUGGAGAUGUGAGGGACCCAUAUCUGAAAGAGCAUAAUGUUAAGACCUACUUUGUAAUCAACCCUAAGGGGGAAAAACGAAGUCCUCAGCACCACAUCAGACCUAGGCACACACUUGAUGGAGCCAAAAUGAGAGCGUCUGUCCGCAUGACCCGGUACCUGGAGUCCUGGGGAGCCGCCAAGCCAUUUGCCCACUUGCACCAUAGGGACAGCAUGACCACUGAAAACGGCAAGAUUAGCACAACAGAUGUUCCUAUGGGGCAAUAUCAUUUUCAGCGUUGCAGAGAGAGAACAAAAUCACAGAAAAAAAGAUUUGAGGAGGAACUAAAUGAGAGGAUGAUUCAGGCCAUUGAUGGAAUCAAUGCUCAAAAACAGUGGCUUAAAUCUGAAGACAUUCAAAGAAUAUCACUUCUUUUCUAUAAUAAAACUCUGGAAAAAGAGUAUCGAGCCACUACUCUGCCUGCGUUUAAGUAUUAUGUGACUUGUGCCUGUCUCAUAUUCUUCUGCAUUUUUGUUGUGCAGAUUCUGGUAUUGCCAAAAACAUCAAUUCUUGGAAUUUCAUUUGGGGCUGCAUUCCUCUUGCUCUCCUUCAUCCUUUUUAUCUGCUUUGCUGGACAGCUCGUGCAAUGUAGCAAGAAAGCAUCAGCUUCACUAUUGUGGAUCCUGAAGUCAUCUGGGAUCAUUGCAAACCGCCCUUGGCCACGGAUCACUCUUACAUUGACAACCACUGCUAUAAUAUUAACUAUGGCUGUAUUUAACAUGUUUUUCCUGGAUAAUGCUGUGAAAGCUUUUCCCUCAGUUCUUAAUUCAUCAAAUGCAAGUUUUCCUAAUUCAAGUGAUCAGGCACAGUGGUGUAUACAGAACAACUACUUUUUCCUACCG